ACCAGCACAGCAUUUUUGACUUAACUUUUAGAUAAAACUGUAAAAGCAAAGUAAAGUAAAACUUAUAAUCUGCUCUAAAUAUGGACAAGAUCUUUGAUGGUUUGUUUAUAUAAUGCUUUUAGGCCAUAUCCUUCGAGAAGAACCUCAGUUGGUCAGUUUCAACCUGGGACAAAACCCAUCGGCUGCUCAAAUUGCUGAUUGACGAUCCCUUUCCUUACAUCAAAUGGACUUCUGACUCAUACCCGUUUACCAAUACUUGUGUCCUAGACUCAUUGCUAGCUGCUCUUCAUACAACCUACAUGAAAUAUACAAAUAUAGAAAAUCUUUUAAAUAGCAAUGAUUUUUUCAGAAAAAUUAUGAUUUUGUUCAAAGAAAAAAAGUAUAAUGACGCUCGACAUCUCUGUGUGAAAGAGCUGAGUCUUGGUAAAGUUGACCUUCGUGGCCAUGUCAAAGAUUAUUUCCCACUAUUUGCGAAACUGGCAUGUGCAGAAAUCACUUAUAACCAAAACCUUCCAAAUGAUGGUGCCAACUAUAAAGAAAUACCCAGCAUAUUUAUGAAAUAUGGUGAUGUAAAAGUUCUGGGCAACCAAUCUGAUCCAAAUCUAAUUCUGGUUCAUGGUGAACCUCACAAUGUUCUGUAUUGUACUGAACCGCCACUCCAAGUUGAUGAUGAGAAGAAAAGGAUCUUUGUGCUUCAAUUUUUACUGCUUGGGAAGGAACAAGAACAACACAUGAGGACGUGUUUCCAAUACUCCAAAAAUGAAUGGUAUCUAUAUGACAAUGAUCAUAUAAAGCCUUCAUUUCAGCCUUUUGAGUGGGAGAGUCACGUAAACUAUGUCAAAUGUUUGGCUGGAUACGUCAGUAUAACCCAAGCAAACGAAGAUAAGCUUGGCAUUCCUGAGACUGGAGAAACAGCAGGAGCAAGGCCUUUUUCCAGUGAUACCAGUUCCAUCCAUUCAGAUUCAGGAUGGUCAGUGGAGGACAUGGAAGGGGAUGAUCAGCUCUCUUUCGCGAUUCCUGAGACUAGACAAGGACUUCCCAGUCCAAAGCCUUUCUAUGAAAAUCAGCCAGAGAUUUCCCCCAUAUUCAGCAACCAGGAACAGCCAAUAAUUGACAGAGAAAUGCCAUCCUGCAGCAGGAUGUUAGUACAGUUUGUCAUUGAUCGAUUUAUUCCGAACAGUAAAGAAGAAAAAAAAUUAAAAAUUAAAAAAAUGCAAUAAUCAAAACAUUGUCAUGAACAACCAGAAUAGCGUAGCCACAAGGCAAUAACAUAUAUGGCACCUCAAGCCAAAUCACCCAUCACACACAUGACAUCGGUUCUGACCCACACUCGUCCUUGUCUUGCCUUUCAUCCAUCCAUUUUUUCUCCAUUUUGCCGCUAAUCAGUGGAAGCUUGACUGAGUCAUUCCUCCCUUCCCCCAUAGGUGAUGAUGCAUUUGGCAAGAAUCUGCUCAUUUGAGACUUUGACAGCAAAUCAACUUCAACUCAAUGGCCACUUUACUAGGAAUACUUGCACACACGAUAGCAAUUAGCAUAUAAGCAUUCACGUGUUACCAUGCUAGCUGUUACCAUGUUACCCGUUACGAUAUCAUGCCUGCUGUUAGCUCGCGAGUUGUUAGCAUGUUCACCAUUAGCAUGUUAUCAUGAGAGCUGUUAACAUGUUAGGAUUAGCAUGGUAGCAUGCAGAGUUCGCAUGUUUGCUGUUAGCGAGUUCGCCUAAGCAUGUUAGCAUGCUAACUGUUAGCAUGUUAGCUGUUAGCAUGUCACCCUCAGUGUGUUAGCAUGCUAAAAGUUAACAUACUAGCCAUUAGCAUGUUAGCCUGUUAGCUGUUAGCAUGAUAGCUGUCAGCAUAUUAGCCUUAGUGUUAGAAUUUUAAUAAAUAGCAUGUUAAUCAUUAGCAUGUUAGAAUGCUAGCUGUUAUCAUGUUAGCAUUAACAUGCUAGCUUUUAGCAUGUUAGUAUGCUGUUAGCAUGUUAGUAUGCUAACUGUUAGCAUGCUAGUUAGCAUGUUGGCAUUAGCAUGUUGGCAUGCUAGCAUGAUAGCUGUUCUGCUACAGCUCAGCAAGCACACUGCAUUUUCUCUGCGGAAAUUCAGUCUAGUUUAUUUUAUAAUUAUUAAAUAACAUAAUUUUUGUUUUAGACAGAUUUAAUGAUAAUUUAUUUCGAUCAAACCAACUUUUUAACCCGCACAAUUCUGAAGAGAUUAUGUUUUCGAACUCAUGUAAAUUUGUUCCAGAACAAAACACAUUCGUGUCAUCUGCAUAAAAGUUAUGAAGUGGUGGAAAUUGUGGUGGCACCAAUGUAAGGAGUUAUAGCUAUAAAUCUAUUUGUUAUACUGAUCUGUAAAUGUUACUGUAGUACCACCAUUGCAUGUAGGUUGACAAAACUGCACUUGUUCAUUGUGUGAAGUUCUCUUUUAUGUGUCGUCGCUUGACCCAGUGUAAUUUUGUGUUAUGAAGACUGCAUGAUGCUACACUGUAAAAAAUAAUUAGGUGGUUUAACUUCAAAUUCUAAUUUAAGCAGAUGCCUCAAAAUUCCAAGUUUUUUUAACUCAUCGUUUCAUGUUGUGCAAACCUUUGAAUUGCUUGCCUUGAGUCAACGUAACUGUACUGCUACUGUUGUUCCAACUUUGCUGUUUAAGUUCAAAAUAAAGUCAACACAAUUAUGCUAGUCAACAUAAAUGUACGGUUAUUGCUAUUUUAACUU